AUGGCAGCACCGUACUGGGGGCAGUUGCCUCCUCCAAAAGUCUCAAGGCAAGGCUCAAUUAGCUCUGCUGCGAAUCCAACCUCGAGAAGGGACAGCCUGCCCGUCGAGAGCAAAAAGGACCGACUCUCAUCUCAAGAUCCAAGACGCAAUCGAGAAUCGACACAAACGGAAGCUCCUACUAUAUCUACACAAAGUCCAUUUGCUUCUCCAGUUGCUUCAACAUUUCGCGGAGAUGGAUUAGCUCCUCGACCACCCUCGUUUCCAUACGAUACCUCUAGCACAUCCUACGAAAACGAUUACUUGGAGAAGAGAAGAAGGCGCGGAGAGAGUCGUAAUAAGGAUAAUCUAUCCGAAUUCAAUCACUCUUCUUCUCCAACUGUUGCGGAUAUAUCUCGGUCACCGCCAUCGGGUAGCUCUAAAGAGCCUGUUGCUAGUGAAGCAUUGUUUACAAAUCAAGCUUCAGGAAGAUCGAGGGCGUCUCGCAAAUCGGAAGGAGCUGAUACAAUAGCAUCCGAGGAAACAAACUGGGAAGUUCUUGGCACAUCCUCUCCUAUAAGUGAAAGAGACGAUCUUCAGCGAACGGGUACAACUGGCAGGGGUGACGGCAAAGGCUUCUCGCGCAGAGGAGGGCAUACAUCAACUAGAGAACAGCCUAGACGAAGUCAGACUUCAGAUUCACAAACGAGAAAAGGUUCUUACUCCGAAGCGGCAGAGGCUCAACGACGAAAAGAGUGGGCACCAGACAGGUCUCCUCUACAGAGGUUGGAAUUGACACUUGAUAGCAUCACGAAAGAGGAGAAGCGAGCACGUGUAGAAGAGGCAGAGCGACUAAUCAAAGAAAAAGAAGGGACAUAUGCACGCGCUGUUGAACAGCCCACUCAGAAUAUAGUUCGCAUCAGAAAUCGACCAGUCGCAAAAGCAUCCGAAAGUCGUUUGCAAGCAGAGAGGCGACCGGCUGCCGAGGAAAGUUUUCCACAGACUUUAAGUCUUAAAUCAAAAGAAAGUCUAUCGCGUAGUGGAUCUGUACUGGAAAGGAGACCAAUCACGCAUACAUCUCCACCGAUUAGUGUAGCCUCUCAAGCAAGAAGUCCUGUUCUCAAUCUUGAAAUCGAGAGCAGUUCAAUCCCACAACGUACAUCCAGUAAAAAACAGAGCUCCGGUAUACCAACAGCGGUUGGAGUCGUAGCUGCUACCGAAGCCGUUGGUCUUCUUUACCGAAGCAAAAGCAAUAAAUUGAGAAAAGAUCCACCGCCAGAUCAUUGGAGCCGACGCCAAAGUGAGACUGAUACGCAGGACGACGUGCUACCUACUUUUGCCAAUAGUCGGCAAAUUUCAACGACACUUCAUAGGAUAGCAACCGAGCCUGUUGCAGUUAGACCUUUUCAGGCACGUCAACCCGAGUUGCGUGACGAGUCUCCGUACGAUACCGAAGAAGAAAUGAGGGAUACCCCUUUUAGGCGAGGAUCGAAAAGAAAGACUGUGCAAUUUGCUGGACACAAUCAAUCAUUGAAGCAAUCGGCAUCCGCCAUAUACAAUCGGAAAGCAAGUUCUUUUUCUUCAAAGGAUCAAACAGGCCCAGCCACAACUAGCGAUGGCCCUGCUGUUGAUCGUGAGGAGCAUCGUCACCGUCUUGGUGAGAUGUUCCAUCAUCAUCACGAUUUUCAACCAGGGAAUGGAUUAUAUGCUCCCUCGCAACGACUCACUGAGUGGAAGAAGGGCGAGAAAGCUUUGCUGGCAGAUGCUUUAUUGGAUCUUGAAGACGAGGCAAACGAAAAUGACAACGGUAACAAGGCGCUUUGGUGGGACGCAGGUCCUGGCAGAAAAGGAUCCGCUAGACAGAAGAAGGCCGAGGCCUACGACGGGGAAUAUGAUGACAGUAAUGGUACAGUACCUUUAGCUUUUGGUUCUAUGGAAGACUGUGCUGGAUGUAUUGCUGAGCAACACCUGUCGCUCAAAACCCGCACUUCUUCUGGAUUUGUUAAACUGCGACCGAAGCACAAAUCCGGAUAUGCGAGCAAGGUGGUUGCUGCAAACCAAUCAUCUGAAAAGCAGAAACUUCCUCCCAGCCCCCCUCGUGGUCCAGAUCAUUCGCUAACGUGUGCGAUGCGGGUUAUCCGCGUUCGUCCUGAUAUAGCUCCUACUAGAUUUAAACCACCGCUAUUACUAAAGUGUGGGCCCCUUUUACGUUACCACGGCAUACGCACCGAGAAAACAUCCAGUCGCUCAGUUGCUCGUGGUCCUCUACCAGAACGUGAAGUUUGGAGAGGCAGUGUCAUGAUCGUGACUCAAGACUCAAGUUCAUCGUACGAACUUGCUCCAACCUUGAGACUCUUUUUGCAGCCUGUUGAUUUAAUUCCACCACCACCCGCACAAGUUGAUGGCGAAGAACUCGCUCCAGAGUACAUUGACCCUAUUGCAGGACUUACAAAGAUCGGGCGAGAUGGUAGGACGCUCUACACUCGUCCCGUUGAACACCUUCCAGAAGAACAAGAUCUCUCACGGAUUGAAACAGACAAGGGACUGUUUGAGUCUCAUCGAAGUAAUCUCGAUGGAAAUACAGACCCAAGAAAGACACGCAAGAGAGAGCAAUAUGAUGGCGAGAAGGCCGGAAAGUAUAAAGAAGUACGAGGUUUCCGUUUACAUGCAGACCGAGGAGUCACAUUUUGGAGAUUCAAUGUUGAAGUAGAGUUGCGCAGCAAGCAACAAAGAAUUGCUUAUCGAAUUAAUCGUGGUCCAGCCACAGGUUUCUGGGUUCCUGCUCGUGGACAAGCGAUGAACAUAAUGUUCUAUAGUUGCAACGGUUUCACCAUGGAUGUUCAUCCAAAUGACUUCAGCGGACCCGACCCUUUGUGGAGAGAUGUUCUGAACACUCAUCAAACACAACCAUUUCAUGUCAUGCUCGGUGGUGGUGAUCAGCUCUAUAACGAUCACAUGAUGGAACGAACUACCCUUUUCAAGGAAUGGCUCAAUAUUAAAAAUCCUCUUCGCAAAGAAGCUUUACCUUUCACGCCGGAGAUGCAAGACGAAAUGGAGCAUUUUUAUUUGGAUAGCUAUUGCAUGUGGUUCUCUCAAGGUCUCUUUGGAGUUGCUAAUUCACAAAUUCCUAUGAUCAACAUUUUUGAUGACCAUGAUAUUAUAGAUGGGUUCGGUUCGUAUCCUGAUAGUUACAUGAAGUGCCCGGUUAUGUCUGGCUUGGGAAGCGUAGCAUUCAAAUACUACAUGCUUUUUCAACAGCAAAGCAGUAUCGAUGAAGGCGAAGAUACCGAGCCAAGUUGGAUUUUGGGAGCACAACCAGGACCCUACAUCCCUGAAUUGAGCCGAACCAUUUUCACUGGUCUGGGUCGUGGCAUCUCAUUCCUUGGUAUCGAUUGUCGUACGGAGCGAAUGGAUGAUGAAAUCGUUACUGCCGAGACAUAUAAAAAGAUAUUCGAUCGGCUUGAAAAGGACAUUAUCAAGGGCCAGACGAAGCAUCUUAUUGUAUUACUUGGGGUACCAAUUGCGUAUCCAAGAAUGGUUUGGCUUGAGACUCUCCUCACAUCCAAAGUUAUGACACCUAUAAAGGCAAUGGGCCGGGCUGGCUUGCUAGGAAAAAGUCUCAUGAACCACUUCGAUGGUGGUGUGGAAAUCCUUGAUGAUCUCGAUGAUCAUUGGACAGCAGCCCAUCACAAGGAAGAGCGCAAUUGGUUAAUCCAGGAAUUACAGGAUUUGGCAGCCGAGAAGUCUGUCCGAAUUACUAUUCUAGGUGGCGAUGUCCAUCUUGGUGCUAUCGGCCAGUUCUACUCAAAUCCCAAACUGAAGAUUCCUAAGGACCAGGAUUACCGCUAUAUGACCAACAUCAUAUCUUCGGCCAUUGUUAAUGCGCCACCGCCAGACAUGCUCGCGGAUAUUCUGAACAAACGGAACAAAGUACACCAUUUUGAUGCUGAGACAGACGAAGACAUGAUUCCAAUUUUUACUCAUGAUGUGGAUGGUAAACCUAGGAAUAAUAGACGCCUACUUAAUCGCAGGAAUUGGUGCUCGAUCCGGGAAUACAUUCCAUCUCUGACUCGUCCUAAUUCACCAGAUGCCACUGCAUCUUAUGAUGGUAGUGUUACUCCAUCACCUAGACCCGGUUUACUGCGUCGCUUCUCAACAAAAGGCCCCUCAUAUCGUCCUGAUGCACCACCGUUGUCAAAUCCUUCGUUCUUUAAUAGACGUCCAUCGUUUUCACGUCCGUCAUUGUCUUUAUCCCGUCGAAAUUCCACCGAGUCUGCAAGACCAGGAAGCUUGAAGAGAACCUUGUCACUGACACGAAAGGAUUUCACGGGAAUCUUCCGACGAAGCAGCAAGCGUAAGGACUCUGGUGGUAUUAAUGGUUACGGAUCCGAGAGCGAAGACGAUCUGGCCUAUAACCCCAAUCUUGACGGGCCAUCCACUAUGCGUGGAGGUGCCGGCGACGAAUACUAUGCUUUUGAAAAUGAAGCUCCCCAUGCCGCCACCUACUCGCACAAGCAAGCCGCAACCUCCAUCGCUGGAAACCAACCACAAGAACCUGUUUUCACACGCGACCAAUUCCAUCGCACCCCCACUGGUUUGUCUGAAAAACAAAUUAGGAAGGGUAAUUAUCAAAACAUCAAUUUGGAGGGUGGAUUGGAUAUUUGUCUAAAUGUUGAGGUCAAUCAGAAGGAUCCGGCGGGAAUCACUAUGCCGUAUAGAUUGCUGGUUCCGGCUCUUUGGUAUGAGGAUGAUAUGGGGGAUGAGGCCGCUAAGCGAAAGAGGGAGUAUGAUUUGAUCUUAUGGUUGAAGAAGAGAAGGGCUAGCAAGGGCCAGAAGAUGGAUGGUGAGACGAAACUUAGUGCUAGUUGA